GAGUAACAUCAGACUAACAUCCAUGAACUGGAAGGAACUGCCAAACAAGCUAACAGCAAAAAGUUCACCAAAGAACUUCCAUGACCUGCCAACACUGACAGGGCAAGUCACUAGAAUAUAAACUGAGAGAGACCCCUUCCUUUCUAAUUAGCAUUGAUAAUGUUACUUAGUUUGGAUAAUGAAAUGUCUGCAAGGAAACGAAGCUCAAGAGCAUCAAGGACCCCUAAAGGGUUAUCUAGUGAUUAUACAACAAAUUGAACAAUGAUGUCCAGGGAAAUAGUCAUUUAACAUAAUUAGAAAAGAAACAUAAAUCAAUGCUGUCAAAUAAAUAUUCUUCUACUGAUAUUCAUAUUUGAAAGAAGAAACUAGUCAUGUUACCACAAUAUGGCAGACUUGGAUAUAGCAUUUUCUUGAGAAUGGAACACAGAUUAAAAAAAACAGUAGUUAAGGUUAUGCAUAUUAGAGAAUUAAUUUACUUUCAAGUGAGAAAUUUAAAUAAAGAGGAACCUAGAGAGUUCAUAAAUUAUUUAUGCUUGACCAUAAGCAGAAUAUCUAAAGCAAAGAAUCCUUUGAUUUUAAAGAAGGAAGAAUGAAUUAAUACUGCAGAACUUCAUGCAUGAGACAGAUUUCUCAAAGACUACUUACACAAGAAAGGAAUGGAUAAUCAAAGUUUUGUUACUGAUUUCCAACUCUUAGGAUAUUCUGAUAUUCUGGCACUUCGCAUUUUAACAUUUGGAGGAUUUUUGCUUAUCUAUCUGGCUGCAUUGAUUGGAAACCUUCUCAUGAUAACUGUUGUAAUUCUCAACCCUCAUCUUCAAACACCAAUGUAUUUUUUCCUAGUUAAUUUAAAUAUUGUUGAUCUAAGUUUCAUUUCAGUCACUGUUCCAAAAGCUAUGGCUAAUUCAGUGAUAAAUACCAGGAGGAUAUCAUAUUAUGCAUGCAUGGCACAAGUCUUUUUCUUUUUUUGGGCAGGAGCAUCAGAGUUCUUGCUCCUGACAUUGAUGGCCUAUGAUCGCUAUGUUGCUAUAUGUAAUCCAUUGAAUUAUGUGAAAGAAAUGAACCGGGAGACUUGUUUGAAAAUGGCCACCAGUGCAUGGAUCUUUGGAUUUUUUGAUGCAUCACUAAACACAGCUUGUACUUUUACUAUCACAUUCUGUUCCAACAAAAUCAACCAGUUCUUCUGUGAAAUCCCACAGCUCCUGAAGCUUUCAUGUUCCAGUUCCUCCUAUCUCAUUGAACUUGGGCCCCUUGUAUUUACUGUGUUAAUAUGUGUAGGCUGCUUUAGUUUCACAGUUAUCUCUUAUGUGUACAUCUUUAGAGCUGUUUUUAUUAUUCCUUCUGUGGAAGGAAAGAAAAAAGCUUUUUCAACUUGUCUGCCCCACUUGGCUGUGCUCUGCUUGUUCUACUUUACUGGAGUCUAUGCCUGUUUGGGAACAAUGUUCAGAACCUCAUCAGGGUUGGAUCUGCUACUUGCAGUUUUGUACUCAAUGGUCCCUCCUUUCAUGAACCCCAUCAUUUACAGCAUGAGAAACAAAGAGAUCACAACAGCACUUUGGAAGCUCUCACAUAAAACAAGAAAUAUGAUUUCAGUUUAGAUAUCUGAUUCCAUCUUUUAAAAUACAAAUCAAAAUAAAGGUAGUUGAUUAAACUCCAAUUAACUUAACAGAAGAUGUUACCAGUCACUAGCAAAUUGUAAUGAUGCCAGACCAUAUGCACUGUAGUUUGUAAGGAUAAGAACUCAAACAGAUGCUUUGUAUAAGACAUGUUGCCAAGGAAAGGGAGGGAGCUCAUAAGGGCAGAAUCGGGAGAAAAAGAAGAAAUAUAUUCCUCAUGAUUAGGGACAAGAAUUUUGAUAGAAUAAGAAUAAUAGGAAUCCAUCCUGCAUAAAACUUAAACAUGAAAGGAAGUACAACCAGGAGCAUCUUUAUUGUGGGGUUACAUUAAACAGAAUCUUGCAAAAAUGAAA